AUGAUCCCAAGCGUCCGGAUGCAAAGAAACUUCAUUCCCAAACACGCUGGCGCUGGCAAACGCCUCUCGAUGCCAAAUGCUUGGCUGUCACACGGCCACGCUAGCCAUGUGUACCCAAGACUCGCAUGUACCAACUCAGCUGUCACUGAAUCAAUAUUUUCGCAUCUUGCUGUACAUACUUCUAGAUUUAGUAGCAGCGAGGGAUCUCUGCAGCCAGACCAGAUUAAGAAGUGCACGCACACAGGGGCCAGAUUUUCUUUUUCUCCGGGGCCCCAAUACCGAGUCAGGAAAAACACCGCCCUGGCCAAAUGGCGAAUAGUAAACGUCAGCAAAGCGUUGAAGAAGGGGAGCCCAACCAAGAAAAGAACAGGCGAAAAAGAAAAUCACAGUGGAGAGAGGUUAACAAGCGAAAGAAGAGUGAUAGCUCAAAAAACAUCUCACAACCGGCCAGAGACAAACACAAAGACAAAAUAA